GUAACUUUAGAUACAUGUUUAUUGUUACAAUUGAAGUUGAUGGAAGUUGGUCUGUUUGGUCACCAUGGUCAUCAUGUGAUGUCACUUGCGGAAUAGGAUCUAUAUUACGCCACCGCACAUGCACCAAUCCAGCACCGCAAAAUGGCGGUCUUGACUGUCCAGGGAAAGGAAGAGAGCUUAAACCUUGUAAGCUGAAGUUAUGUCCAGUACAUGGUGGUUGGAGUUCAUAGGAUAUUUGGGGAAAAUGUUCAGCAACUUGUGGUGUAGGAAUGCGAACUCGUAGACGACUGUGUACAAAUCCACGUCCACAGCGUUUCGGGGACCAUUGUUUUGGAGACAAUAUUGAAGAUGAAUUAUGUAACAAUGGAACUUGUGCAGUUAAUGGUGGAUGGACUGACUGGUCAAAAUGGGGACAAUGUUCGGUUUCUUGUGGCGUCGGGCUUCAAAGUCGAACUCGUUCUUGUACAGACCCAACUCCAGACAAUGGUGGUCUCCAUUGCAUUGGGCAAAACCUAAAAGACCAAUUGUGUUACAAAGGAUUGUGUGUCGGAGUGUGGACAAACUGGAAUGAUUGGAGUGAAGGUUGCUCAUCAGGAGUACAAACAAGAAACAGGACAUGCUUGAAGAAUUUAUUUAGCGGUGGUUGCGAAGGAGACUUAACAGAAAAAAAGAAAUGCGACAUCCCAGAAACCUACAAAGAUUGCUAUGAAAUAAAAGAGAACACCGAUAUACGUAAAGACGGAGUAUAUAAUGUAACACUAUGGAAGUCAAAGCUGAUAAUACCCGUGUUCUGUGAUUUUGAAACAGAUGGCGGUGGAUGGACGGUUUUUCAAAAACGUUUCGACGGAAGUAUUGAUUUCUAUAAGUCAUUUAUUGAUUUUGAAAGAGGAUUUGGUUCAGUUGACAGUGAAUUUUGGUUGGGCCUUUCGCAUAUUUACGAAAUGGUAUCACUAGGAAAAACGGAGUUAAGACUGGAUCUGAAAGCUGCUGAUGGAACAUCUGUAUACGAAACAUUCCAGAACUUUCGACUGGGAAAACAGCCGUAUUAUACGCUUCAUAUUGACAAAGGAAUUGGAAAUUCAGGUGAUGGUUUGUCUUACCAUAAUGGUAUGCACUUCACAGCUUUCGAUAAUGACCGGGAUACAUAUGGAGGUAAUUGCGCAGUCCUGGAUCGAGGUGGUUGGUGGUAUAACAAAUGUACUGAUGCCAAUUUAAACGGAGAAUACGUUACUCCUGGCACCCAACGACCUGGCAGAGCCUUUGGUGGCAUGAUAUAUUACCCUUUUAAAAAAACAGAAUCGCUAAGAUCAUCUAAAAUGAUGUUUCGGCGUGUUUAGACAAUAAAACAUCAUGUUGUGUAUUCGUAUGACGUUAGGGGUUCUACAGUAAUGAUGACCUGUAAAUCGGUGUAAAAUGGUUGACAAUGCAAACAUACAUGUUACUAAGUACAUAAAAAGUCAUGGUUAUAUUGGUUAUACUUUCUAUGUUCUCACUGAAAACUCACAAUAAAAAAACGAAAUCAGAAAUAAAGUUAAAAAUAAGAAUUAAAACUUUCAGCAAACAUAAACUCUUUUGAGUUGCAAAUAUAUUUCGAAAAACUGAAUACAGCAACGAAUUAAAGCAGCGGUCUGAUUGAAUUGUGUUUAAGUAUCUGUAUGUUCAUAACUAAAUACCAAUACAGUUGGUUGAAACUUAAUAGCUUAACCAGAAAAAUGUUAUAAACCUUUAGAAUUAUUUGACUUUGCAAAGCGUGUAUUUGCAUUAUCUGUUUUCAACGUGGAUACAUAUUGAUACUUGGCAAAGUGUUUUCUGUUAACCAGCGCUAAGUUAUAAGACUUGGUCAAGCAUGUUUUUGUUGUUGUUUUUGUUGUUGUUGUUGUUAUUGUUGUCGUUGGGGGUUGUUGUUUUAUAUAUACAUAUCUACAAACAAAACUGUUAGACUUGGCAAAGUGUUUUCUUUUAUUUCCUUUAAGAAAUGUUCAAAAUUAUUAAAUUUCGUAAACGUAUUCUUUCAUUUUCUUUUGUAAGUGUGUAAAUGCACUAGACUUUGUAAAACGUUUUCUUUCUCUUGUUUAUGUGCAAAAUCAUUAGACCCGAUUGUAUGUUUUACAUUUUUUAUGUUUUAUUUUUGAUUCACUUUUAUUCGG